AACACCGUAAAAAUAGGUGAAGUUUCGUGACAUGUUUAAAGAAAAACAAAAAACGUUGCCAUAGAUAUCCGUCACGCUUGACGAUUACUCAUUGAAGGUCACGUGCCACCUGCCGACCACCAGUUUACCCGAAUGGCUCACAAUCUUUGACCUCUUGUUUUCCUUUUCUAACUAAAUAAUUGUAUUUCUAAUUAUGACUUCGACAAAGAAAAUGGACUAAAAAAACGAGAACAUUAUAGAAAAAGAAGAUAGUUUUCUUAAAAUGUCAAAUUUGUUUGUCAUCUUUCAAGGCUUUGUGUUUUUAUCGAUGUUCUCGUGUUUUAGCUGUAGUACAGUUAGAAGAUUACGGGAGUGCGGAGAAGGGAAAGAGAAGUAUGUCCCGAAAACAGCUCAAGAUACAACUCAACGUUUAGCGGCACUUAGAUUGCUAAUGAGGAAUGUAACGUUGACAGGGGGCAUAAAAGCAUACAUCAUCCCUUCAUCAGAUCCUCACCAGACAGAAUAUGUAGCAGCUCAUCAUAAGCGACGGGAAUUUAUAACAGGUUUUACAGGUUCUCGAGGUACCGCCAUAGUGACCCAACAUAAAGCAGCCAUGUGGACAGAUGGUAGAUAUUUCGUGCAGGCAAAUAUGGAACUGGAUUGUAACUGGACUCUUAUGAAGGAAGGUAUUAUUACAACACCAGGAUAUGGACAAUGGCUAAAAAUGAAUGUACCCCAAAACUCAACUGUAGGAGUAGAUCCUUUCUUAUUAUCAGUCUGUGAUUGGGACAGACUAGCUGCCAAACUAAAACUAGAUGGCAUUACAUUAGUACCAGUAAGACAAAACCUUGUAGAUAGAAUAUGGACCACAAGGCCAAUCGGUGGAACCGACAAAGUAUAUGUAUUGGGAUUUGAGUUUACAGGAAAAACAUGGAUAGACAAAGUAGAUGAUGUCCGUUGGGAAUUGAGUCGGAAAAACAGGACAGCUGUAGUUUUGCAGGCACUUGAUGAAAUAGCAUGGCUUUUGAAUCUACGAGGUUCUGAUAUAUCGUACUCCCCGGUUUUUUUCUCCUAUGCCAUUGUAACAUUGAAAAAAGUAGUACUUUUCAUCGAUAAACAAAAGAUUACACCGGAAGUGAGCAUCCAUCUGAAGGGCGUGGACGUUCAACCCUACAAUGAAGUGAUUGACUAUAUAGAGACUCUAGGACAGGAUCCUAAAGCUAAAAUAUGGAUAACGCAGUACUGUAGCUAUGCUCUUCGAAUGGUUAUUCCUAAGGGUAGAUCCGUUACGGAUGAAUCUCCCAUUGCAUUUCCAAAAGCUGUCAAGAAUUACGUGGAAGUCGAGGGAAUGAAAAAAGCAAAUGUAACUUCUGAAUUCUUGAACCCAGAUUCUUCUCAGUUUUGCAACGGAAAAUUGCAGAAUCUGGAGACGAAUAUACUUUUCAUCGAUAAACAAAAGAUUACACCGGAAGUGAGCAUCCAUCUGAAGGGCGUGGACGUUCAACCCUACAAUGAAGUGAUUGACUAUAUAGAGACUCUAGGACAGGAUCCUAAAGCUAAAAUAUGGAUAACGCAGUACUGUAGCUAUGCUCUUCGAAUGGUUAUUCCUAAGGGUAGAUCCGUUACGGAUGAAUCUCCCAUUGCAUUUCCAAAAGCUGUCAAGAAUUACGUGGAAGUCGAGGGAAUGAAAAAAGCAAAUGAAAACUACAUAAGUCCCAGUUUUGCAACAAUCUCUGGAUUUGGACGAAACAGUGCCAUUAUACACUAUAAAACCACCAAUUUUACUGAUGUUCAGAUCACAGAUGAAGGAUUUUACUUGCUGGAYACAGGUGGACAAUAUAAGGAUGGUACUACUGACACAACCAGGACAGUUCAUUUUGGCUCACCAAGCCAACAUGAAAUAGAUUGCUUUACUAGAGUUUUGAUGGGUCAUCUUGAUAUCGCUAUGGCUGUAUUCCCCAAUGACACUUUUGGUCGUACACUAGAUGUGUUCGCAAGAGAGCCUCUAUGGAGAGUGGGGCUGGAUUACAGGCAYGGCACAGGCCAUGGAAUUGGCCACUUUUUAAAUGUUCACGAAGGGCCUCAAUGCAUCUCACCUGGAUUUCCAUUAGACGAAGAAAAGCGUCUUACGAAGGGAAUGAUUCUCUCUGACGAACCCGGCUAUUAUGAAGAUGGAAAUUUCGGAGUGCGACUUGAAACAGCAGUUCUUGUGGAGUCRGCAAACACUAAGUUUACCUUUAACAAGAAUGAGUAUCUCAAGUUUGAACCAAUUAUUUUCGUACCUUUCCAACGCAAACUUAUGAAUACAAACUUAUUACGACCAGCACAGAUUAAGUGGCUUAAUGACUAUCACAGCAAAACAAGAGAAGUCAUUGGUGCUGAGCUGAUAUCUCAAGAAAAGAAACACGUUUUGCCAUGGCUUAUGAAACAAACCGAACCUAUAUCUUUUCCCGAUUAUAAARCUUUCUAUGGUGGAAGAUAGUGAUUAGAUUGCACAUAAAGGAUCAUCAUUAACCGGCAUUCAAUGCGAUCGUUGAAUAGAUUUAAUGAGUUAUUACUUAAUAUUUCUAGUAUUCGGAACCGUUUCCUUUCGUCGACUUUAAGAUAGAGUCUUACUAUUUCAAUUUUUAGAGCAUAACUAAAGAAGAUAUUCUAGAAUAAUUUUUUGCUGAUAUUCGAAGUAUUUUUAUUUUUAAACAUAAACAAAAGCUCUAAGGACAUGCUGGUUGACCAUGGCCUGGCGCGCAGAUCGCUUUCGAAUCUUGAACUUCCUCAAUAAUAGUCCAAUGCAGUAUUCUAUGUCCUUUGCCGUGAAUAUAGCUGUGAAAUGUUUUGUACGAAACAUCGAAAACAUUGAACUCAUUUGCAUGUGAUUCCUUUUAGCAAACGAUUUCUGGAUCAAUGGGAAAGUUGAUCAAUUACAGAGCCUGUAAAUGUAUUGUAAAUCAUCCAAUUUACAAGCAMAAUGUCCUUUUUGCAAACAUCGUAAAUUUAUUCUACAAGAUAUUUUCAAUGUUUGAUCGAGCAAAGUUUACAGGAUGUUUAUAGAAUGUACAUAAAAUUCACAAACUUUGUAAAAGGACAUUUGGUCUGUAAUAUGAAUUUAUAAUCUAUUUACAUAUUAUUUACAAACUCUUGUGUAUUAUCGACUUCUCAAGUAAAUAUCGUACAGAAUGCACAUCGGUUAGCUGAAAAUUGUAUAGUUUAGAUUUUUUUAUUUCUUCUUUUACCUGYGUUAGAAUGAUACUUUAAGUAUUUUUUAUAUUUUAUUUGCACUUUAUGUAAAUAUAUUUAUAUAUAUUGAUCACAAAGCAGCUAUGUUUGUAAAGAUUAAAGCCUGGUAUAUUUUGGAA